GGAGUGCAGUAGAGCUACAGGGGUGUCCAGACUGUCGACUCCGGACUACAUUUCUUCAGUUUAAACUUUAUUUUCCCGUCCCAAAUCGAGCCUGAAACCUUUCUCAAACUGAAGAGAGGUAUCGCUUAUAACCUGCUAUGAACUUCUUUGUCAUGUCGGUAAUGCAGAAAACGUAAAAGGUGCACUUUCUUCUUUUUCGAUGAGGAUCGCUUUGCGAUUACAGUGCUGGGAAAAUGUAGCUGCUUUCUAUGAGUUCGUCCACCAAAACAACCUUAAGACGGCUUAGAACCUUAGAACCGUAGAACCUUUAUUAAACCCGGUUUAAUAAAGAAAUCGUGCCGACUGCUCAGAACAGGUACCAGGAAAUAAAUAAGACGGAGUAUUUUUGUAGUUGCUUUUCCUGUAUUUUUUAUAGUGAUAGUCAUGUCAGCGUCUUCAUCUGCCAACUCGACUCAUCAUCAUCAUCAUCAUCAGCAGAACCGGGCCAAGCGCAGCACCGCCGGUUCCCCCUCCAACCCUUUACCACCAUCACCAUCAUCGUCAUCAUCGUCCUCCACCAACAGCAGCCGCUUGCAGCCCAUCCGUGCCACGGUGCCCUACCAGCUCCUACGUGCGAACCAGCCCAGCCCAACCCGCUCCCCUUCCUCAUCCACCUCCUCCUCCUCCUCAUCCUCCUCCGUCUCACUCGGCAGCACCGCAGCACCGAAAUCCUCCACCCCCAGCCCGAGCCCGAACCUGAACCCGGCCGGACACGGCGCCGCGGAAGCCGGGCUAAUCCCGCGGCUCAGCCGCUCUCCACCUGAGCACCAGCGGGGCUCACCUGAGGAGGGUCGCCCCACCUCUCCUGCCUUUAGAGUUGAAAGGUCGAAGGCCCAGCAGGUGCGGAGCGCAGGCUCAAUCAGACGGACUUCUUCUCUGGGUGCGAUCACCGGGCCCUACCUGACCGGCCAGUGGCCGCGUGACCCCCACGUGCACUACCCCUCGUGUAUGAAAGACCAGUCCACGCAGACACCUGGAUGUUGGAGUGAAGAAACCGGCGAGGGAGAGCUGAGGAGCACACACCAGCGCUCGGCGUCUUGGGGCAGCGCCGACCAGCUAAAGGAGAUAGCAAAGCUCCGGCUUCAGCUUCAUCGCAGUAAACAGGGAGGGAGUCGUCUCAGUAAAGACAGCAGAGACCUUCUGUCUCCACUUCACUGCUGCAUCACCACCACCACACACAGCACCAUUAGCACCGCCAGCCAGGCCCCGUCACCCAUGUCGAAGCCGGCGCAGAUGCCACUGUCCAACAUCACUGUGCCGAAGCCUUCCAUCUCCAGAGUGCCCAGCAGCAUGGAGGGCAUCAAUCAUGAGCUGGAGAAAGUCUUCAUCAAAGACAACGGAGAGAAGGAGGAGCUAAAGGCUCUGGAGGUCCCUGAUGGCCGGCGGGCUCCGUUUCCCCCUCAACAGCGCAGCAGCAGUAGCCGCAGCGUGGACACUCAGACCCCCUCGGUGCCGGGCCGCUCCAGUAGCUGUUCCAGCCUAUCCCCUUGCCCCUCGCCCGCCUGCCCACCAGGAUCGCACGACGGCAGCCCGUACUCCACAGACGAGCUGCUCGAUGACCGAGACAAAGACAGUGGCAGCAGCUCCCCGCUACCAAAGUUCGCCUCCUCUCCCAAACCCAACAACAGCUACAUGUUCAAGCGGGAGCCUCCAGAGGGCUGCGAGAAGAUCAAAGUGUUUGAGGAAAUGACGUCCAGACAGUCAGCUGCCGUCCCUCUUUUUUCCUGCCCUGACAAAAACAAGGUGAACUUCAUUCCGACUGGCUCAGCGUUCUGCCCAGUCAGACUGCCCGGCUCUCUGCUACAGCACUCCACCUCGCAGCCUGAGGAAGAGGACGGCGACGCGGCAGCCGGCCCCAGCUCAGCACCCCCUGCUUACACACCCCUCCACCCCACUCAGGUCUCCACCAGCACCAGCACAGACGACCCGCCGGAGUCCCCCGCCACCUCCCCGUCCCAACAGCAGGAGGCACCCUCGGAAUGCCCCACCCAGCCUCAGAACUAUGCAGUUAGCUAGAUUUGCACAGAGCUGGUCUCUGUGGCACUUUCGCUAACCCCCGUCCCACCACAGGCUGCCUAGAGGGCCUCUACCCACCCACCCCCACCCGUCCUCUCUGGAGGGUCCCAUCUUUGUGCUGAAAACUCCACUGUCUGCAUGGCAUAGCAACAAGGUCACAAACACACAAACAACUUUCCACUGCAAACCACCUCCACAUCCACGCCGAUCUCCUGCGCACUGUUACUGACAGGGAUGGACAUACAGGUUAACGUGUGGGCUAAUUUCACCAGAAAGGCUGUAGUUGGAACAACAUCGGGAGAAGUUGGUAAAAGAUUAUCGAUCAUAAAUGGAGAAAUGUAGAGCAUGAGUGGAUGUUAGAACCUCAAAAUAUGCAAGCAGGAAGUUCACAUCACUGUUAAUCCUAAAGGAAUAGAUUGGCGAUAAACGUCAUUUAUAUGUAAUUUUCAACGAAACCCAGAUGUAGAUGAGCAGCCGAGACCUGGCUGGUGUUUUAGAGUAGAGCUGGAGCUGCAACGUUGCUAACAAGCACUAGAAGUCAACAGUCACCCAAACACUUCUCUCGACCCGCGUCAGCUGCAUCCCGGACCUGAUUCAGGUUCCGCGGACCGGUCUACAGCAUGACCCUCUGACAGGAAGCUGGUUGGUUGAGUUGGUGCUCUGCACUAAUUUUUGUAGGUUUAGUGUUAUUCGAUGUGCAGUAAGAAAGCCUUAGGCAUCACUGUGCUGAUGAUAAAUACCUGCAUAGUGAUGCUUUACGAAAGCAGAUCGAUGUGCAGAUAAUAAUGUACAGACAGAUUUAGGCUAAAUAUGUAAAUGAAGUCUAUGUCAUUUACAUUGCUUAUCGAUGUAAUUUAAAGCAAACAUCGGAAUAUUUUGGCAUGAUCUUGUGAUAUUUAGCCUGGCAGCUCCUGUUGUGAACUAAAGAAGCAGAAUUUGAGCACUAAACAUGUCUUUGCUGCUGGACUGCGUCUGGGGUAAGUGGAAAAUCGCAUGCAUUUGCCGUUUCCGGAAGCUAUUCCUUUAGAAGAAAGGAAAACAAAGUGAGCGGUGUUUAUUUUUCCGGUUUUAAUCUCAUCUUAUUUUAUACCGUUUGGUGUUGAGUUUAGUCACAUUCCAUCAUUUUGCAUUUGCUCUUUUGGAGUCAUUCACUUUUUUUCACAGAUGUUGUUCCGAGCAGCUGCGCAGCUGUUCCCCAAAACCUGCAACUUCGCCUCGCUUCCUGUUGGGUGACAGAGUCUUAAGCGAAGACGCCUGCGUAUCGGCAUUAACGUCCAUUUUAGUGCAAAGCAGGUGCCGCCUUAUCAGCUACUACACGAUAAAGCUGGCAUUCAAUGGAAAACAACAGCUUCAGGAGGGGUUUAAUAGGGUCAGCGGCAUGCAUCUGAAACUGAUAGUAGGUCUUGUUCCUUUUUUUAAACAUCCACAGUAUGAAUAAGCUGUCUGUAUGCUAUCUAUAGAUAUCUAUAUAAAAGAGAAAAAAAAGCUUGUUUGAAUGGAAAAUCAUAUAUUACUUUAUGUAUGUUAUAGGAAAAAGGAGUUAUACUCUUCAGAAUUAUGUUUACACUAUGUCAAGGUUUUGUAACUUUUAAAACAUCCAAUGCAAAAAUAGUUUAAAAAAGUAAAAACAUUAUUCAUAUAUAAAAUAAAGCCACAAUUAUUGCACAGUAUCCGUUUAUAACCUAGCUUCAGGUGGGUCGCUCGGAGUCUAAACUCAGGAAAUUUGGAAUGUACUGUGUAUCCAUCCACAAAUUGACCCCCCAACGUCUAUCCGUUUUUCAUUCACCUUCAGAAGUGGUUCCAGAGGAACUUGUGACAUUCCAUGUUUGGAAGAGCAGUCUUGAGUGUUUUAAGGCCUCUUGGUGUUCCAGCAGUUUCAGAUGGAUGGAGGAGUGCCAUUGAUCCACUGGCAGAAUUCUGAGGCAUGAAUUGCCUUCCUGCCUUGCCUCGGAUUGUUGCGAGUGCAUCAGGGCCGCUGGCUCUUAAGCUGAUGGUGAGAGAGGUUGACGUGCUGGUAAGAUGCUGUGACGGAGAUGCAGUGAUGGCUGGAGUUUGACUGCAGGCUGAGAGGCCAGUUAGAGUGUACAGUACUGUGCAAACGUCGGAGUCCAUCCUUCGCUUCUUUAAUUUAAUGAUAAUUGGUUUAGUGUUGUGGGUGAAACCUCUGCCUGCUACGCUGUAGACUGGGGUUCAGUGCCCCGCCUGGGUAAGCACCCUACACUGUACCACUAAGAAUCUUUGGGCAAGACUCGAAACACUACCUUCACCUGCCUGUGUAGAAAUGAUCAAAUUGUAAGUCAUUCUGGGUAAAAGCGUCUGCCAAAUGCCAUAAAUGUUCAUUUCCAGUCACAACGGUCAUCAUAUACAAGAUAUUCAUUGAGGAGAUGUUUCUGGGGAGAUUAGACCUAAAGAGAGCCACUUGCACAAGGAAAGAGAAAAAUGAAAGAGUUUCCAAAACUGGAGCUCAAAAACUGAUUAACUGCUACAGAGAAAUGAGACUCCUAACAACCACCUGGAAGACCUGGUCGACCCCAAACCUGCCCCCAUCAGAU